AUGUACUUGAAGGACUGGCACUUUGUGGCAGAAUUUCCGGAUUACGGAGCGUAUCGCCUGCCCUUCUUCUUCGCGGACGACUGGCUCAACGCCUACUACGACCAACAGAGGCACAGACGCGAACAACAACACGGCUUUCGCCCCCACGCCGCCUUCACCUCCGACUACCGCUUCCUCUACUUGGGGCCUGCGGGUACCUGGACACCUCUGCACUCGGACGUGCUUCGUUCCUACAGCUGGUCGGCCAAUGUGUGUGGCCGCAAGCGCUGGCUGAUACUGCACCCGCGGUAUACACACCUGCUGUACGACAGGCAGAUGCUGCGCAUGGCUCCCCACCUGGAGCCGGGCCGGACGGCAUGGGAGACGUUCCGGGUUCGAUUCCUUCUUCGGGCGCAGGAGGAAGGUGACGCUGUGUUCGUGCCCAGCGGUUGGCACCAUUGCGUGGAGAACCUGCACGAUACGCUGUCGCUCAACCAUAACUGGCUCAACGGUCACAACUGCCAUUGGACAUGGGCGUUACUGCGUCAGCAGUACGUGGAUGCGGCGGAGGCGAUUGAGGACUGCAGGCAGCUCUGUUCGCCGGAUGAAUUUGAGGGCCUGGUGCAAAGCAACUUGGCGGCUAACAUGGGACUCAAUUGGCACGGCUUCGUCGACUUGUUGGGGUGCACCGUGCGGAGCGCGCUGGCGUCUUUGUGCGCAGCGCGCGGCGGUCUCAGUGAUGCACGUGGAGAUCCGUUGAGCGGGGUUGGCUCUUUUUCGCAAGAGGUUGCGACGGAAGGUGGAGACCACUGCGCAGCAGUCAUGAAUCAGCUCCUCGCGCUUCAAAGGGCAGGUAGGAAGGAAUCUCCCAGCUGGGCCUGUGCAUCGUGGCUAUGCUAA